AUGGAAAAAUUCAAUACGAAUUUUAACUUCAGCAUUGACGAUCAGGAAUUUGAGAAAUUUGAUGAAGAAGAUUUCUCAUUGAUGGAAGCAAUUGCUGAAGAUAUUACUAGUAAUUAUUUAUCUCACCUAUUUUCAGUACCUGGCUUUAGAACUCGAUUAGAAGUAGUAGAUAUGUUGCAAGAGGAAGAAAUCGAAAGGUUCAUUGAUAUAAUAGAUGAGAAUAUUGGAGAUUUGUAUGUGAGAAAUAAAGGAUCUGACUGGAGAGAAGAAAAAGAAGAAGAAUUGACUGAACCAGGAUUAAUUUACGUAUGGUUGAGUAAGGAAGAAGACGAAGAAGAAGAAGACAAAGACGAAGUAGAUAAAGACGAAGAUGAGAAAGAAACUAAUAAAUUUGUGGCAUACUUAUGCUUUAAACUUUGCUUGGAUGAUGAGGAUAAAUUAGUUUUGUAUUUAUAUGAAAUUCAUGUGGUUAAAGAUUAUCAAGGUCAAAAGCUAGGUCAAGCUUUAAUUAAUAGAUUUCAUGAACUAACAUUAGUUUUAAAAGGUUCAGCAAAUAAUUUAUAUGAACAAGUAGAAGGUACCGCGUUGACUGUAUUCUCAAGUAAUGAAAAAGCCUUAAAUUGGUAUACAAAAAUGGGGUAUAGAAUCUUAGAAAGUUCACCUCAGGGUAAAAAAUUAAGAAAUGGUAAAAUUACAAAACCAAGCUAUUAUUUGAUGAGUAGAUCUGCAGGAUACUAG